CUCCAUGGAAACGGCUGACUGGCGUGCUAGCCUGUGCUAGCCUGGGAGAAGAAGAAGCAGCACAGUUAGCCAGCGUUAAAUCUGGAUCUUUGUAAACUUGAAUACGUUUCAUUUCCCGCCGCUCUGCAGAGAUGAGUCGUACGCCGGACGCAAGAGCGAGGGACAACCAGACAAGAAAGAUCCAGGAAAACAUCACCAAUGUGGAGAAACAUUUUGGAGAGAUGUGUCAAAUGUUUGCUGCCUAUGUCCGUAAAACAGCCAGACUACGAGACAAGGCAGACAACCUGAUUCGGGAAGUCGGCACGUAUGCAGACACAGAAACACCAAACCUGAAGAGGGGCAUGAAGGAGUUUGCUGACCACCUGGCCAAGAUUGAGGACUACCGCCAAGCUGAGGUGGAGCGACUUGAAGCCAAAGUCAUAGAGCCAUUAAAAAGCUAUGGAGCCGUAGUGAAACGUAAAAGAGAGGAUCUGAAGACAACUCAGAGUGCCAGAGACAGAGAGGCCAAACAGAUGGCUCAGCUUGAGAGGACCAGACUGAGAAACCCCUCAGACAGGCAGAUCAUUUCUCAGGCUGAAAGUGAACUCCAGAGAGCCACAAUGGAUGCCACACGGACCACCAGGCAGCUGGAGGAGACCAUAGACGAGUUUGAGAAGCAGAAGAUCCGGGACAUCAAGAAAAUCUUCGGUGAUUUUGUGACCGUGGAGAUGUCGUUCCAUGCCAAGGCUUUGGAGGUGUACACUUUGGCCUACCAGAGCAUUCAAAAUGUGGAUGAAGAAGAGGACCUGGAGGUGUUCAGGAGUUCGCUGCACCCCCCUGACUACCAGUCACGCUUAGACAUAGUGCGAGCUAAUUCCAAAACCUCCCUCGAUCGGACCGGGUCCUUCCUGAGUACAUCAGGGACUUUACAGCAACAAAGGGCCUCCAACCGGCAGACAAAAAGAGAGGAGGAGGAAGAGGACGACGAAGAGGACGAAGAUGACUCUGAAGAGGAGGAGGAUGACGAGGACGAAGAGGAGGACACGGAUGAUGACAGUUAAUGGGAUUUCUCGUCUUACUUUGUGUUCUUCGUCUGUAUGGAGCUGAAAAGGAAAACAAAUGUUGUAUUACUGUUUUUAUAAUGUUGUGAAAGAGAUGCCGUGUCAUUGCCAAAAUCACCUCAGACAGGUGGUGUGAGCAGUAUUGUAGUGAAAGUGUGUUGUAGUCGUGUGAUGCGUUGUUCUUUACUAACAUUCAUCCUCGUAAUUCCAGCCAAUUAUUGUCUUAGCUAUAUUUUUAUAUGACACACGAUGCCAAAAUACGCACUACAUAUUCACUUGUAACAUAUUAUUAGUGGAUUUUACUGCACCAUGUUAUUCAUCUUUAUAAAUAAAAAAAGAUGUUGCUUUGUU